GUAGCUGUUUGGCUAUAUCUUGUUUCAUUUAAUGCUUGGCAACACUAGUCUGAAUUUUCAGAAAAGCGAAGAGAAUUCAUCCCUUUAUCUCAGCUCAGCAUCAGGUGACGCUCGUGUUGUGAGGCAAAAUGUCUUCGCGGAAUAUACGAAAAUACGUUGGUGGCAACAAGCUGCCGCCUCCAGAUUCAGACGACGAGGAUUUCGAACCCCCAUCCACCAGCUCAAAGAAACAACCGUUUAAUCCAUUUUAUGGGUUAAAACAAUCUUCUGAAUCUGAGCCAGAUAGCCUUGUCAAAUCAGAAUCCGACGAGGAAAUACAAAUUAAUAAAAAACCCCGUAAAAGGAAUAACAGAAAAAAGAGAAAUAAAGCAUCACAUUUUGUGGCUUCAAAGAUUAAGAUGGAUGAAGUGGACAAAUGUCUCAGAGAAAUCAACGCAAAGUAUGGCCCCCCUCCCGAGCCUAAGCCUGAGAUUAUAAUUGAAAAAAGUAUUGAUGAUAUUCUAUUAGGCGUAGAUAUUAAAUUUCUUAAUCCUCCAAAUGAACUAGAAAAAUUGCUGGGACCAGAUUUGGAAGAGAGAGCCAAAAGAAGGACUCGAGAACGUACAUACAUUGGCCAGAGAAAAGGCUUGGUUCUUUCAAUGUCCGAACGUUUCCGAAGAAACGGACUCUCGAUGUCCAUGAUGACGACUCAUAAUGCAGACAGAUGUCAUUAUUUUACAAUCGACCACGAUAGAUCGUAUAGAAGAAAACACAAAGAGUAUUUGACAUACCUCGAGGAAUCACAAGAUGAGUUACCGAUUUUAAAUAUAAGAGACACUAUAGAAAUCUUACAUGUUGAGAAAUGUCUGCAGAUUGCGGAUAUGCUAUUUGUAAUAGAAGAGUAUAGACGAGGCAAAAAGUUGAUAGAGAGAAUCGUUGCAUACCUGCAGUACAUUUCACAUCCAGCAUUUCGGAUGAAUAAUAGACGGGUGCGGUUAGAAUACAGAGUACUGGAAAAUCGCGUUUAUCUGGUAUCAAUUGUGAAGUACAUCUAUGUGCUGACCAACAGUGCUUGCCACCGCACUGCUUUAGAGUUAUCCAAAGUGGUUCUGAAUUUGGAUCCCACAGACCCCCUGGCGAUGAUUCUGCUGAUGGACAUGCUGGCUCUGCGCGCCCGCCAGUAUCAGUGGGUGAUAGAUAUUGUUCCGUACUGGGAGUCGGUCAGAGAUGGCAAAUUCUUAUUGAAUCUGCAAUAUUCUCGCGCCCUAUCGAAAUUUCACUAUAUUCGAGAGAAAUCUGGCCCCACCGACGAAGCUGACAAUGCAUUAAAGUUGGCGAUGAAACAUUUCCCCUCCGUUGUGCCAGCGAUCUAUAAAGUGACCAAUCAUAAGGAUCAGCGGAUUGAUGACUGCGAAAUGUUCAAGGAUAAAAAUGACUUAGAGGUUUCCAAGCAACACCUGUGGAAUGAUGUACUUAAUUUUUAUACGCACUUUACUGCAUUCAAUUGGCAAUUAAAUGAGGUGUGGGCAUGGUUCUCGAAAAAUGCUGUGGAGAUGGCCAAAGAAUAUAACGACAAUUUGGAAACCCAGAAAUACGUGAAUUACAACACAAGACUUCAUCGUAUUACAUUCUUGCGAGACCCACACGUGGCACUGAUGCGUCACUUCCAAGUUAUAAAACACAUGAAUAACUUUAUUUUUGAUGAGGUGCUGUUCCCGACGGAUCCAUGCUUUACAAGCUACAACCCGGAACCCUGGCCGGCCGAGGUUAUCAACAGAUACAAGUAUCAAUUCGUACCACUCCUAAAAAUCGAUGGGCGCACCUUCAGACUCUUCGGCGAAGUCAUUCAAACUACAACUGUUCAACCUGGAAUGAUUACAGUGCAGCAAAUUGAACAACAACAUGAACAACAGCAACAAGAUGAAGCCGCCGGAGGAAGCGAACUAAACUUAGAAAACGUAAAUACGAUAAAUUUGUGUGAAUUUUUUGGCGCCCUUUGUCAUGAAGUCCAGCAGCAAAGAGGCCCCACCGUGGACCCCAACGUCAUUCCUCCAGCUGGGGAUGCUCGUUGGGAUGUCGUCGUUCCUGAACAUAACUGAAUUACUUGGCUAGCCGUUGCACCGGAAACUAAAAUCACUUUCUAGCUAUUCAUUACUGAGUCUCACUAUCUUACUGUGUCUCGCUAUUUAUGAAGUACCAAUAUUUUUCUAUCGAGUGAGACUCGACUACUUAAUUUUUAUUUGAGAUUAGAGAUUUAUGGUAAAACUAAAAUUUUCUUCCCGGUAAGUCGGAAUGGUAUAAUAUUGUAUUAAGUUGUAUUUGUUUGUCAUUUUUUGCCUAAUUAUUCUACUUUGUACGAAAACCACUUAUUUGUGGCAAAAUUAUCAUGCUCAUUACUUUUUUAAAUAGGUACCUACUUGGUAUUCAAAAAUUGAUAUAUAUCAAUAUGAAUAAAUCAUGGAAUUAGUACGUUUAAAAUUUAUGGGUCAAAGUCCAAAUUUCUUUUCAACGCUUUUUCUAUCAAACUUGUAAGACUCACUAUUAGUAAGUAGUAAGGCUAUUGAAAAAACAAACUUAGAUUUUUUAUUACAUCGAUAAUCAUGGAUUUUAUACUCGGAGUACCUACUAAUUCCAUGUCGAUAAUUUUUAUCGAAUGUCGCUGUCAUUCUUACAACCUAAACCACUUUUCCCGUCCGCACGGGGCCCUGCUAGGCUCCGCGCGUUCUAAAUCUAUGACUUUUCCUUUAUGAUUUUCUCUUUGAUUGCUGUAUGACAUGUUUGAUAAGAUUUUCCGAAACGGCGAAUUUAAUUUUUCUUUAAUAUGCAAUUUUAGCUUAUUUUCUAUAUUUUGGUAUCAAAUUGUCCUAAUUCCUAGUUACCUAUAUUGUGAAUCAAAAUGUAUCACUCUAAUUCUAUGUCAAUAUUUUGUAUAAUUGCAAUGGAGUUUUGCGAACGUUUUUCUUUUUGUGGAUUGAGAAGUAAGUACUAAUUUAAUAUUUAUAAUUGUUGGGACCCUAUUUUCGUAUAAUUAAACAUAUAUAAUUUACAAUUUAAAUAAUAUAAUUUCCACAUGUCUAGUAGAGAUAAUUUAAUUGUCUCAAAUUUCUUUUGUGUCUAGCAUUUAUAUAUAAUUAGGUAAGUAUUCGGGUAAAAAUUCUUUGGAAAUAGCAUGAAACUAUGUGCAGAUAUAAUAUUCGAUUGUCAAACAUAAAAAUAAACCCACAGUCCAGUCACAUCUCGAAAAUAUCGCAAAGUUUUUUAUUUCAUAACCGAAGCUGCUGCCGAAAAUUAUGUUGUCAGUUGUCCCUAUCGUGGCAAUUGUAUUUUCGAUUAUUAUAAUUUUUUACAAUAAAAAUACAGGUUCAUGCAGUGGUCAUAAAAAUAUCAACAUGGUUAUGUUUUGUGAUAUAAAAAAGUCGUUAUACAAAUUACCAAACAAAAUUUUGAAAUUUGGCCUGACCUGUUUCCCUAUGCUGGAACCGCCGAAUAAAUGAUUUACUUGCUUCUGAUAUUUUUCUGCGGUUCUAGACGCGUUCUCCUCAUUAAUGUGAUUGUCCCACAAGCCCCGAUACAAACUUUGUGAAAUGUUGACUCAAAAUAUGAUUAGCUAUAGUAUCAUGCUAUUUUAUUUGUAAUAAACCCAUGAUUGGACGAUUCAUAAUCAUGUAGAUUUAGUAUUAAGAAUGUACUCUUGUAGUUCUCUUAAGUGUUAAAAUAUCUUUACAACUUGUGUUAUAAUGAUAUUGAUAAGGCCGCCUUUACCUUUAGGCCAGAAUAGGCAACCGAUUAAAAUUUGAACCGAUAGCAAACCGAAAAAUGAUCGAUGUCUCUUUGAUGCCCCGAGUACCUAUGGAAUAACGAGUAUGGAAUCAUCAGCAAAAAAAUUACUUCAUUACCCAAUUUGAUUCCCUAGAUAAACUAAACGCCCCAUUCUAAUAAUGGUACCUACCUCUUUAUAUGGCAGAAAAUCGGCCCUCUCAUAAAGUUAAGUCGCUUAUCAAUUAAUUCAGGGGUACAAACUCAGGUAAAAAUAACAAAUUGUGUUUAAUAAAGUAUUUUUAUGUAAUAUAUACAAUAACACAUUGUAUAUUUCAUCGGGUUUCUUGUCUUCUAUUCAUACUUUACAAAUUUUGUUUGAAAAAAAAUAUGUGAAGUUACAAAUUGUGAAAAAUGUACAGCGUAAAGGCAGCCUAAAGUUUUAUCAUUAUCUCUGUUUUUUAAAUACUAUGACUUCUUGAAGACAAUAUUUAACUACACGUUCGAUUUAAUCAAGUGUAAUGAUUUUUUGUACCUUUGGGCUAUUUAUAGUCAUGGACUAUUUUUAUGGUAUUUUUAUUUAUUUAAGAUUUUCUGAAAUUGACUGAUAGUUUAAUUUAACUAUAAGAUAUAAAUUAAAUAUUUUGGCGAGGCAAUUUUAUGAAGAUUGUAAAAUUUUAUUUAGGG